GCGGCGCGAGGCGUGGCCGCCCCUCCCGCGGCGCUGAGGGAGCGAGCGGCGCGCCCGGCCCGGCGCUGCCCGCACCGGCACCGGCCCCCAGCCCAGCGCAAACGAGCCCCGCGGGGCCCCCGAUGAUGCCGGCGGCGCGGGCGGCGGAGGAGCAGCGCCUGGACGUGUGGCGGCCGCCGCCGCCCCAGUGACGGCCCCGCCAUGUCGGUGAUGGUGGCGAGGAAGAAGGUGGUUCGGAAAUGGGAGAAGCUGCCGGGCAGGAACACCUUCUGCUGCGACGGCCGCAUCAUGAUGGCCCGGCAGAAGGGCAUCUUCUACCUGACGCUCUUCCUCAUCCUCGGCACCUGCGCCCUCUUCUUCGCCUUUGAGUGCCGGUACCUGGCCGUGCAGCUCUCCCCCGCCAUCCCCGUCUUCGCCGCCGUGCUCUUCCUCUUCGCCAUGGCCACGCUCCUGCGGACGAGCUUCAGCGACCCCGGCGUGAUCCCCAGAGCCCUGCCCGACGAGGCAGCCUUCAUCGAGAUGGAGAUUGAGGCCACCAACGGGACGGUGCCGCAGGGCCAGCGCCCGCCCCCGCGCAUUAAAAACUUCCAGAUCAACAACCAGAUCGUGAAGCUCAAGUAUUGCUACACAUGCAAGAUCUUCCGGCCGCCCCGCGCCUCGCACUGCAGCAUCUGCGACAACUGUGUGGAGCGCUUCGACCAUCACUGCCCCUGGGUGGGCAACUGUGUGGGGAAGAGGAACUACCGCUACUUCUACCUCUUCAUCCUCUCGCUCUCACUCCUCACCAUCUACAUCUUCACCUUCAACAUAGUCUACGUAGCACUGAAAUCUCUGAAGAUUGGGUUCCUGAACACAUUGAAGGAAACCCCAGGGACUGUACUGGAGGUGCUCAUCUGCUUCUUCACCCUGUGGUCAGUGGUGGGGUUAACUGGGUUCCACACCUUCCUGGUGGCACUGAAUCAGACAACCAACGAAGACAUUAAGGGGUCUUGGACUGGCAAGAACCGUGUGCAGAAUCCCUACAGCCACGGCAACAUAGUGAAGAACUGCUGUGAGGUGCUCUGUGGGCCUCUGCCCCCCAGUGUCCUGGACAGACGAGGCAUCUUGCAGCAGGAGGAGAGCUCAGCUCAAGAAGAGUCGUGCCGGCGGGGGCCCAGCAGCGCAGAGCCUGCGGCUGCCCAGGGCCCCGGGGCGCAGGAGGGCAGCGCUCAGCAGCCUGACACAGCUCUGCCUCAGCACAGCACCGUCCCUGUGCCAGCCCUGAGUGACACGGCCGUGCCAGAGGAGAAGCAGCCACCGCCUGGGGAGCUCUCGGCCCCUGCCCAGGAUGCUGGGCAAGCAGAGCACUAGCAUCUGCUGGAGAGGGACAGCUUUCUUGUUUUGUCUAAAUCAAAGCUGGAAGUGAUAGAGGAGAGGAGGAGAUGGGCUGGAUGGAUGGCAGGCAAAGGAUUCCUCAUGGCCGUUGUGCUUUAGUGAUCAUUCCCCUCGCUGCGCAGGCAGCACCGAGUCACGGCCCCAGGCACCGCUGCGGCCGCUCUGCCUGCGGGACGGGGCGGGACCUUCGCUCGGCAGGCUGGGCACGGCUCGGGGCCAGGCUCACCUGGGGCUGCUGGCCAGGCCGUGGGGCUGAUGGCCAUGUGGUCCCCAGCUCAGUGGCCAGGCUAUGGGGCCGGUGGCCAGGCUGUGGGGCCAGUGGCCGGGCUGUGGGGCUGGUGGCUGGGCUGUGGGGCCGGUGGCCAGCCUGACCCCCCAGCUAGCCCUGGCUCUGACAAAGUGACCCGUGGUCCAGCAGCUCUGCAGCAGUGACGCUGGGGCCGGCUGCUCGCUGCUGCUGGGGAAUCCUGGUGGGAAGGGAAAAGCAACGGAUGGCAGUGGUGUCCUGUCCCCCCUCCUCCCUCCUCCCUCCAGUCUGUGGCGUUGUUGUGUGGGUUCACGUGGCAGAGGUUGUCUGGAGACGUUUUGGUGCCGAAAGGGCCGAAACAACCUUUGGGGAAGGUGUUCUGCUGGCAAGUUUUUAAAGUCGCUUCCUUCCCGUG